AUGUCGAAUCCAACUCGAUGCGCGGCGUGUCGGUAUCUGAGGAGGAGAUGCUGUGAGGACUGCGUGUUGGCGCCUUACUUCCCCUCCGCCAACCCCCAUAGAUUUGCCUGCGUUCACAGAAUCUUUGGGGCCAGCAACGUCGCUCGAAUGCUGCAGCAAAUUCCAGUGGAGCACAGAAGACAAGCCGCAGAUGCCAUUGCGAUGGAGGCCUACUGGCGUGUGCAGGAUCCGGUUUAUGGGAGUGUUGGGUUCAUCUCAAUGUUGCAGAGGGAGAUUAGUGUCGUUCAACGUGAGCUAGCUGAGACACAAGCUCAGAUCACCAUGUACGCCUCCCAAGCACAGUCCCAACCCAAUCAAAUAGCUGCGGCCCAAUGCUUGGUGGAGGACGGGCAUUUGGUUCCAAGUCAACCACCCUUCCCUGGUCUCUACCAGCGAGAUGACAUCUCACAGGAGACCCUGCGAAGGCAUUUUUAA